CCCCUCACUUCCUCACUACCUAGGUGACCCACCAAGGGUGUGGCUCUCACAAAAAUCCUCCUGCUGCACUCUUCUUCUUUUACUUGUCUUACCGCGGAGUCACAGCAGACCAUUUCACUCUGAACAGAGAGCUCUUACAUUUGGAAUUUUCUUCUUAAAAACAACUAAAACUCGAGCCAUGGGGGGACUACAGUGCAUCAAAUACCUCAUGUUUAUCUUCAACUUCCUCUUCUGGCUUGCAGGUACUGGAGUGCUGGCUAUCGGUCUCUGGCUGCGCUUUGACUCCAGGACAGCAGGACUGUUUGAAGGAGAGGACUCGCCAACGGUCUUCUUCACUGGUGUUUACAUCCUGAUCGCAGCCGGGGCUCUGAUGAUGGUCGUCGGCUUCCUGGGAUGCUGUGGAGCCAUUAAAGAGUCGCCAUGCAUGCUGGGAUUGUUCUUCCUCUUCCUGCUCCUCAUCUUCGCCGUGGAGGUGGCUGCAGGGAUCUGGGGACUCUCCAACAAAGACAGGGUGGUUGAGGACGUCACAGAGUUCUACAAACAGACCUACACCAACUACAAAGACACCAGACAGGAGGCUCUGAAGGAGACCCUGAGGCUCAUCCACUUUGGACUGGACUGCUGCGGUCCAACAGGGACGGUGAUCGACGCAGCCAAAGACAUCUGCCCCAAGAAGGAGGGACUGGAGGUCCUCAUCACCAAGAGCUGUCCAUCUGCCAUUGAUGAGAUAUUCAACAACAAACUUCACAUCAUCGGAGGAGUCGGCAUCGGCAUCGGUGUCAUCAUGAUCUUUGGGAUGAUCUUCAGCAUGAUGCUCUGCUGUGCCAUCAAGAGAUCCAGAGACUUUGUUUAAAGCACUACAAACCCUGAACCCCCCCUCCUCCAUCUUUAACUUAUGUGUCCUCAUGUUCCCACCCUCUGCUUUAGAGUUUAUCAGUUUAAAGAAAUAAUCUGUUAGUUUUGGAUCCAUACAGGAGGAAACGGCGACCUGUGAGAGUAUGGAGCUUCUUAUGUCUCUGCAGACUGAACACAGAGGGUUAAUUUUAGUUACAUUUAAAUACAUUUACAAUCUCUUCAUGACAAGGAAAACUCAGAGCAGGUCGAUCAGCCGUAGGAGAAAGAGAUGUGACUCUGCUGCCCCCUAGAGGACUCUGCAGACCAUUCCUAUUAACCCUUUAUUCAGCUCUUUAGUUCAGAUGUGUUAAAUUCAGCCUGUGUCGUACUCUAACAGGAUUUUUUGCAGCUAACUGGGUUUUACCACAUGACUCCUUUAUGUUCUGUUUUUUAAUUUAGCUCAUGUUGCACGUUUAGAAGCUUUUGAUUUUUAUAAGAGCAGAACUGUGGAGUUUUAUGCAAAUAUUUUGAUGAAUGCAGUUCAGAUGUAUCUUUAAAAUGCCAAAUAAAUUACUAAUAAUACAA